AUGAUACCUUAAGUGUCUUCACGUUCUAGAAACUUAUCUAGUGAUAGAUAAUAAAUAAAUGAAAGAUCUAUUAAACUAUCAAUAGAGAAUAGUAGAUAAAGACAUAAAGCAUAUUCUGUUGAAAAAUCAGUAAACUAUUUCAAAUAAAUAUUGAUAGUUAAAUUUAAGCUCUUAGAAUUAAAAGGUUGAAAAUUUAGUGGCUUCGUGGAUACAAUAAAAGAAUUCAUCAUCUCUCAACUCAAGUUCAAAUAAUGUUCAACCAAGUAUACUCUUUCUUUGAAUAAUUUAGUUUCAUAAUUUGAAAGUCAAGGAAGAUAAUCAAAUCGUCCUCAUAUUAUAAUAGAAGAAGAUCUCUUAUUCACAGAAGAUGGAGAUUAAUAGAAUGGAAUUUCAUCCAAUAAAGUCAAUUAAAAUAAACAUAAAACACCUAGUACUACACGUCCUCAUGCUAAAAGUAUAAAAGAAUAAUGUAUUCUAUUUAUUUAUGAAGAAAGUUUUGAUGUUAAAAAAAAUUUUAUAGAAAGAAAUAUUCCUAAAAAAACCUUGAACUCUUAUGCUCAACGUCCAUAAACCACAAAAAUGCAUACUUCUACUUAAGUUAAAUCUUCGCCUUUAGUUUAAAAAGACCAUUCUCUUCACAAUCCAGUUAAAUACUCACAGAUUGAAUAAACUAAAUUUAGUAAUCUUUAUAGUGGAUCAAAUAGUUAUUCCAAUAAUAUUAACAAUAGAAAUAAACAAUAUCAUUACUAAAAAAUUGUUAAGAAAGUUAAUAUAACUUCAAAUGCAGAAUUCUAAUUGGAUAAUCAAUGUAUACCUGAUUUGAUUAGAUUAAAAGAAUUGAUUUUGUCAACAUAUCUAAAAUAAAAUAGAUCUCUUAUUAGUUCAUAAAAUUAAAUAGUUAAGUACUAUAUUUAUAAUAAUAAAUUAGAAAUUUUGAUGAAAUAGUAUCAAUAUUAAAAUAAGAUUUCCCUAAUCAUUAUUGA